AUGGCCAUCAAAUUUCUUUUAACUUUUGGAAUUACUUUAGAAGCAGUCAGUCUUUGCAUGACAAUAGAUAUAUUUGGUUUUUUGGGUCGGUCUUAUCGGGCUAGUCUCAUACAGUUUCAAGAAGACCCGCAGUUCGGUAACAAACCCAUAUUAAACGAAUAUGACUUCAUCGUCGUGGGAGCUGGAGCUGCAGGAGCGACAGUGGCACGGCGUCUGGCCGAAAUCGGCGAAUGGAAAGUCUUAUUGUUAGAAGCCGGCGGAGAAGAAUCUUUGAUCACUUCUAUUCCUGCUACUGCUCACUUUUUGCAAUUCACCAACUAUAACUGGGACUACAGGACCGAAGAAGAGCCUCACGCUUGCAAAGGACUGGUGAACAAACGUUGCCCCUGGCCGGCCGGGAAAGGUAUUGGAGGCAGUACGAUUAUUAACAACAACAUGUACACUAGGGGCAAUGUGAAAGACUUUGACGGAUGGGCGGAAAACGGGAAUCCAGGAUGGUCGUAUAACGACGUUCUACCCUAUUUUUUGAAAAACGAAGACAUAAACGUGCCCGAGCUAAAAAGGUCUGUUUAUCACGGCGUAGGCGGUCCGAUGCCUAUAAGUUACAUACCGUUUAAAAGUAAAUUAGUGGAGGCAUUUUUGGAGUCUGCUCCUGAAGUGGGAAUGAAAACUGGCGAUUAUAACGCUCCCGGCAGCAACGUCGUGUUUUCCAGAAUCCAAAGUACCACGUUGAACGGUCGAAGGGUGACUUCUGCCAAAGCGUAUCUCCGAGAAAAUUUAAGCAAUUUACAUAUUGUCGAAUUCGCUACGGUCACGAAAAUAUUGAUUGAUCCGAACACAAAAGCGGCAUAUGGAGUGGAGUUUGUGAAGAACAAGAAAAACAGAAAAGCGUUUGCUAAAAAAGAGGUGAUCGUGUCAGCGGGAACGUUCAACUCGGCCAAGCUUUUAAUGUUAUCCGGUAUUGGACCCAAAGAACACCUAGCGCCACUAGGAAUCAAAGUGCUGCAGAAUUUGCGAGUCGGCGAUAACUUGCAAGAACACCCUGCAUAUGCCGGUUUGAGUUUCGUUAUUAAUGAAACUAUAUCGUUAGUUCCCGACCGGUUUUAUCGAAAAUUCAUAACCGAGACUUUUAGAAAUAUCGAAGGGAUAAGUAUCUCGUCAACGCUGCCCUGUGAGGCUGUUGGUUAUGUUAAAACUAAGUACAAUACUUGGGAAGGCGAUUUACCGGAUAUAGAAUACAUAUUCAUACCGACGAGUUUACCCGGCGAAGGGGGUUUAGGUGGAACUGUUGGUCGAAGAUCAAUGGGUGUACCCGACGACUUGUUCAACGAUAUGUACAAAGGUAUAAUGACCAAAGACACUUGGUCAAUUGUGCCAAUGUUGACGUACCCUAAAAGUAGGGGCCAGGUUCGACUACUCGACGCCGAUCCUCGUUCAAAACCCGUGAUACAUGCCAAUUUCUUCAGCGACCCUAUCGAUUUAAAUAGGCUCGUCGAAGGCAUCAAGAUGGUCAUUAAUCUCAGCAAGACCAAGCCGUUUCAAAAGUACGGUUCGAGGCUGCACGACCGACCCAUGCCCGGUUGUAAACAUGUCGAGUUCGGUACCGACGAUUAUUGGUCAUGUUGCAUUCAGAGAAUGACAAUGCAAAUGCAUCACCAAUGUGGGACUUGUAAAAUGGGCCCGGAAUGGGACCGUAACGCAGUAGUUAACGCACAACUAAAGGUGUACGGAAUUUCCAACCUGAGAGUGAUCGACUGUUCGAUUAUGCCUACAAUUACCGGUGGGCAUACUAUGGCACCAGCUUAUAUGAUAGGUGAAAAGGGCGCUGAUUUGGUGAAAAAUUCAUGGUUGAAUCGGACGAUGAACUAA